AUGGACAUGGACGGCAUGGAUAUGGGAAAUGAUCAAUCCUCUGGUAGCGAUAGCAGUGGUGGUGGCAUGCAUAUGAUGAUGAGCAUGGGCACUUUUCACUGGUCUUCCACCGGGGAUGCUAUCUUGUUUGAUGCGUGGAUGCCAAAAUCCGAGUCUGGUUAUAUCGGUGCAUGCUUUGGUCUCCUUUUUCUCUCAAUUCUCUCGCGUGGUAUCAUUGCUAUUGAGAUCUAUUUUGUCGCAUGGGCUUCGAAACGCUUUCAAAAUAUCCAUGGCGACGACCAUGAAUCAUCAGCUUGUGCCAAUCCUUCUUUUGUUAAAAGCCAGCAGCAGCAACAGAUUCAAAAGCAUAAAGACGGCUCAGCAACCAUCGCCUUGGAUAGUCCUGGCAACAAUGCAGCCCACGAAUACUAUGCUCGAUAUCCAAAACCCCUGGAUCUGCCACAAAUACCACCCUUCGCUUGGACCAUCGACACCGUACGCAGCUUCCUCACAACAUUGGCAUCCUUUGUCAAUUACUUGCUCAUGUUGAUCGUCAUGACUGGCAAUGGUGGUUUCUUUAUUGUCAUUAUUGUUGGCAUCUUUAUUGGUGAAAUGAUGUUUGGUCGUUUCCGUUCCUUGGGUGGCUUCCGUGGUGAUGAACAUGCACAUUGA